UUUUGGCAGGCUGCAAAAUGAAAAUAGUUGCUCAUCCUUGGUUUAUUUGCUCUUGCUUGUUGAUAACCAACCCAACAUAACAAGAGGUGUUUGAAGCAAAUCAAAGUACUGACCGUUGUCGUCACAAGCAAGUCAACUCAUAAAAUUGCGUAUUACUAAGUUUUUUUCUUCAACUGUGGGUGGAGUUCCACAGUAAAGAUUUAUGCUAUAUAAAGGGGAUGGUAUUCAAUUGAUUAGAAAAAUUAUUAAUAAAUUCUACAAGACAAUGUCAUCUAAACCAUCAGUUUCAUAUAAACCAAGUGUUGCUGUCCUCGGAACAUCAGGAUUCCUUGGAGAACCAGUUCUCGCAGCUUUUAGUAGACCGGAUUUGGUUGAUAAAAUCCAAUUUCCGGUUAAAGCUUUAACAACUAACAUUAGACAAAAAAGAGACAAUUCUACUGUUCAGUUUGUUGAAGGUUCAAUUACUCUGGCCAAUAAACAAGCAAUCAUUGAAGAGCUUGCCGGUACUGAUGUUAUUAUUGAGUUAUUACCAGCAGAUUUGGGAAUUUUCAGGGUGGUUGAAGAGAUUGUCAAGGAAAUCCAACCAAAAGUGUUUAUUCCUUCACAAUUCGGUGUUGAUUUAGAACAAGUCCAAAAAAACAUUCCUGACUUCCUUAGUGUUAAAAGUGAUCAUUCUACCAAAAUCAGAGAAUUCGGGGUUAAAGUUGUUGAUAUUUACACUUCAUUAUUUGCUAUUCCAGAAUCUGCAUUAUACGAAGUGGUUGGUCAAGUUGGUAUUAACAAAGAAGAAAAUACUGCUACUCUAUAUGGUCCACCUCAGACCAAAGUAGCAAUUUCAUUUCUACCAGAUAUUGGUAAUGCCGUUGCCUCGCUCGCUUCAAUUGAACCACUGAAAUUGCCCAAUUCCAUCCGUAUCCAAUCGGAUGAAGUUUCUUAUGCAGAUAUCAUUAACAGAUAUGAAGUUGAUCAUAAUAUCAAAUUGAAAGUAAACCAAAUCGAUGGCCAGCAAACCUUGAAAUCGGCCCAGGAAAAAUAUAGUAAACUGAAGACUUUUGGUCCUGGUGACUUUUUCUUUUACUUAACCCUUUUCGGUGGAUUGGGUACUGACAAUGGAUUAAGCUACUCUUCCAACGAUGACGAAUUGGUUAAUCCAAAUGGCCAACUAUGGAGCUGGUCCAAGUUCAAUAACUAAAAACACCAUACAUAAGUAUGCAUUUGCCUACACUUUAGUCUCUUAUUACGUAAUUUCUAAUUGAAAGUCACCGUGUCUUUUACCAUG